AUGGAGGAUGCCGGUGGCGUCAUCCGCGUAACCGUCAAAUGGAUGGGCAAGCGCUUCAACGACCUCGAAAUCAACCUUGACGAUAAUGUCGAGGUGCUGAAGACGCAGCUGUAUUCCCUCACGGGAGUACCGCCGGAGAGGCAGAAGAUCAUGUACAAGGGUCUCAUCUCAGACAACACCGACCUGCGCGAGAAGGGUUUAACCAAUGGCACGACCCUUAUGCUGAUCGGCACUGCGGAGAAGCUGGUGGAGCGAAAGGAGCCAGUGCGCUUUUUCGAGAACAUGACGCCGGAGGAGAAGUCGGCGGUACUUGGCUCCGCGAAGGUAAAGAGGAUCCCAUGCGGUAUCAUGAAUCUGGGCAACACGUGCUACUUCAGUGCGGUGUUUCAGUUCCUACAGCCCGUUACUGAGCUUUGGGAAGGCAUCGAGCUGCUGGAGGCCAAGGACGCCAUCGACAACAAGUCCGAUCGUUACCAGCUGACCAAAUCGCUGCUGGACAUGCGUCGCACCCUGCCAUCGACUUUAACGCGGUUCGUACCGCUCCAGCAGAUGCAGCUUCUUAGAAGGGUAAAUCCGCUCUUCAACCGAACCGACGAGAAAACCGGCGUUUAUCUGCAGCAGGACGCCGAGGAAUGUCUCAGCUGUCUGCUCAGCUGCAUCAACGGCCUGGCCGACAACAAGAUCACCGACGAGAUUUUCGGGUACAUGCUCUCGACGACCAUCCGACCAAAGGAAAGGGCGGAGGACGCAGCGGCUGCGAAGGACGACUCAGUCACGAGCGAGUGCAGCUUCAAACUGAAUUGCUACAUGGGCACGCAACUGAAAUCGGUCGGCACGCUCAUGGACGGCAUUAUGAUUUCGCUGAAUGAGGACAUCGUCAAGUUCAGCGAGGAGUUGGGCGCCGAUGUUCCCCACGAGAAGGUGGCCCGCAUCUCGACACCUCCGAAAUACCUCAUUGUGCACCUCGUGCGGUUCGAGUGGAAGCAGGAGAGCAAGGUCUCCAAAACGGAUGCCGUGAAAGCCAAGGUUUGCCGCCGUGUGAACUUCGAACGCGAAUUAGACAUCACAUCCAUUUGCACUGAGGAGCUACAGCCACUGCUGCGUGAAGCCAACGCCGUGGCCAUGCAGAAGGACUUCGACAUAGGCAAGGCCAACAGCGCGGGGCCCUUCAAGGGAUACGAGAUGUACCCGGGGAUGUACGCCACGGGAAAAUACACGUUGCAGUCGGUGGUCACGCACCAGGGACGCACAGCCGACGGAGGCCACUACGUCUGCUGGACCAAAGACAACAAUGAAGCAACUAAAGGCGAGGAACCGGACUCAGAGAUCCCAGCCGGCGAUGGCUGGCUGAUGUUCGACGAUGACCGCGUGACCGAAUACCGUUGGGGCAACUUCGACCUCUGCGGAGGUAGGAGUGACUACCACAUCGCAGUACUGCUACUGUACAAGGCGCAGUGCGUGAGCGUCAACACCGAAGACGCGGCAGAUAACGCUGAAGGCGCAGCGACGUCUUAA